AUUAUUACAGGCAGAAAAAGGAAUCAAUAUCUUUGGCAGUUGACUUCUUAAUAUUUAAAAUGUCAUUAGUGACAACAAUCUUAAAGUUUAUGGGAAAAUUGAAAAGGUUAGAAUAUAUUUGUAAUGCUUUACAAUAAAGUCAGAACGUGACGAUAUUAAUAACAUUGUACAUAGUGCCCUCGACUAAAAGCCCAUGUAAUGUUUUCAUUAACUCCCAACUUUGCAUAAAUUCUGAGGACCCAUUUUUAACUUGUGCCAAACUGUCCAAUUUUCUUUCUCUUUGCAUCUUUGUUUAUUCCCCAAAUGACGACACAAAAGUUAGGGACACUUAAUGUCAAAGGGCUUCUUAGCUUACUCCAAGCCUCUCAUUGGAUACAACUAUCUCAAUGGUGAGAAUGAAUAAGAUACUCAACGAGAAUGCCAUAAAUCAACUAAGGAAAACAUAAAAUAAGACAUUUUAAUCUCUCUUUGAAUCAUUUAUGUAUAAAUGCAUAUAUAUAUGGGUCGGAUAAGGAAACUUAGAAAAAGAAACACCAAGUUGCUUCAUUUUUUUCUUCAAUAAUUUUGUGCAUUGCAAUGUCUCAGAAUGUGCAAAAAAUAAGUAAAAAUCCAAUUGAAGAUGUCAAUUCAGCUGAUGAUAUCAACGAUAUCGAUUACUACUGGAAUCUCAAAGAAGAUUUCUGUGCCAAUUCUCAGUCCAAAACCGUAAAAUUCAGGUUUGAAGAAUCAACUAGCUCUAUUGGGUCAGUUUCUUCAUCAGACCUACUUGAUAAUGACGAUGAUGCCUCAUCAAACUUAUCACCACAAACUCGUCUUCUGCAUGAAUUUUCAGAUUCAACAACAAAAUCCCAACUUUCUACAAGAAAAGGGCUUUCGAGGUACUAUGAAGGGAAGGCCAAAACAUUCUCAUCACUUUCAGACGUGAAAUGUGCACAAGAUUUGGCCAAGAAACAAAUCCCUUUUGUGAAGAGAGGGCAUAGAAGUAGAACCUAUUUACAGUCCCCAAAAACUAUCAUUAUAUCAAAGAAAAAUACGAGGACAUCUGCCUCUUAGUCCACUGUAUAGAUUUUUCACGCAAUUGACUGAGUUAAGCAAGCAACACAUUGAUUCUAUCUUUACUAAAUAUUACAAAAAUAUUUAAAUUUCAUUUCAA